CUCCUGGAAAGCCAUAAUGCCAAUGACUCUAUGGGUUCUGUGGCAUCUCAGGAUGAUCUAAUGAGGCAGAGGUUUUCUGUCACUUGUCACCCUCGCCUGCCUUACCUCAUUGUCUCUGAUGGUUAUAUGGUGACUGCUCUCCGCUUUGCACAAAAUAUGUCUCCUUAUAACUUCAUGAAGUCUUUACUGCUAGACUCUGCCCAGAGGCUGGAGAAUGUACGGCAGAGCCUGCAGUUAGGAAAGUCAAAGAAAAAUGGGAUUAAGCUGAGGUCCCUGUCUUCUCUGAAAGCCACUUUAUCUAAAGAUGCUGAUAAACCUCCAUCAGUGCUUUCUACAGUGCCAAGCUUUCUACAAGACGAGGAAGAAAUCUGUGGCCAUAUGGAGAGGAUAUUACAGGAUGAUGAUGAGGAGUCAGAUGAUCAGGAACAUUUGAAAUACAUGGCUCCAUCAGACGGUGCACUUGCUAGAGCGGAGCAGGGCAGGCUGGAA